UUGGAGAGGUGGUUUUAUCUAGGCGCUGUUGACCAAAAGUAUUCCUUGCUGGCUGUCCUAUAGAACAUAACUCCAGGGUAUCUGUUAAUCUGUCCCUUCUCCAGUUAAAGUCCCUCGUAAUUUUCGUUUGCUGGAAGAACUUGAAGAAGGUCAGAAAGGAGUAGGAGAUGGUACAGUAAGCUGGGGCCUCGAAGAUGAUGAAGAUAUGACGCUUACAAGGUGGACGGGCAUGAUUAUUGGGCCACCAAGGACAAAUUACGAAAACAGAAUAUACAGCUUGAAAGUAGAGUGUGGGCCUAAAUAUCCAGAAGCACCUCCAACAGUUAGAUUUGUAACUAAAAUUAAUAUGAAUGGAAUAAAUAAUUCCAAUGGAAUGGUGGAUGCACGGAGCAUACCAGUGUUAGCAAAAUGGCAAAAUUCUUAUAGCAUUAAAGUUGUACUUCAAGAGCUAAGGCGUCUAAUGAUGUCCAAAGAAAAUAUGAAGCUUCCACAACCUCCAGAAGGACAAACAUACAACAAUUAAUUUUAGCUGAAUCCCAAACUUGUCUUAAAACAACUUCUACUUAUGUUAAUGUCUUGAUUCAAUCUCACAAUGCAAACUACCCACACAUUAAGAGUUUCUUCUGGUGUACAUGAUCUGGACAUAUGAAAGAAUAUAUAUAUAUAUAUAUAUAUAUGUAUGCCCCAUAUGUUUUCAGGCACAAUCAGAGAGAAAAGGCAGCACAUUUUUUUCCUCUUUAGCAAGGCACUAUCAUUUUAACAUAAGCCUGAAGUAGCCUAAAAUUGGAGCUCCAGUGUUUCAAGACGAAAGCAUGACAAGAAGUAUCAGGUUGCUGUGGAGUAAGAUGUUUCAGAAAAACCUUCUCUCAAGAAGAAAAAAAUAAAAAUGGCAUGCUUUAUCCAUCUUGCUUUAGUAAAGAGCUGCAGAUGAAAUUGUUUUUAAAGUAGCGGGUACUGCAACAACCGUUGCUCAACUUGUUUAAUUUUUUGCAAAGGUGUGGGUGCUGACUGCUAGUAGUGUCACAGGAUACAGUCAGGAUUGUUUUGAUACUUGUAUUUAUAAAAUGGGGGAAUGAUUUUCUCUUAAGCGGCUCUUGUGUGUUACAUGUAAUGGACAUUGCAAAAUAUUUGUUUACAGUCUUUGUUCUAAUAAACCAUGCAUUUAAGUUUUAGUGAAACAAAAAAAAAAGAAAUAGGUGUAUGGAAAAUGUGAUUGAGAAUAAAGUUAGUCUUCAAAUGUAAAUAAAAUGUGGAAAGUAUCUCUGAGGCUGUGCCAUUUCUGUAUUAUGUAAUUUAUUGCUGUAGUACCUUGCACAGACAAGGAAUGAACUAACAUUGCUUCUUCUAAUCUAUGUACAACUUCCAUUUACUUUGUUUGAUUGACAAAGCUGCUGCUGGAACUAUUUCAGUGGAGCUGUUUGCUUCAUCCCGAGCUUAGCUUGUGCAAGUUUAACUUUUGUAAGACUUUGAAAACAGACUAAUUUUCUAGCUGUAACUUGCUGUUUUCAUGGCUGUUCACAUCGUAUGUCAAUUAUUCCCUAUUUAUCACAGUUAUUAAUAAUAUACCUGCAAAAAUGAAUGCAGUGAUUGGAGAGCUUCAUGUAUGGCCUUUGGAUAGCUUUGAUUUCAUGUUGCUGCUAGAAGAUUCAAGAUGCUUAGAUGGAUGGGGGAAGUUGUUGCAGUAUGAGGUCUAUUACUGUGACUGGGAUGGGGAUCAGUGUUUUAAUGAGUUCAGCAGUCCUGCACAUACAGUCCUUUUCCAGCAAAGGUAGAACACAACAAAGAGAUGUUAAUGAAGAGUUGUUGCUGUUGGCUGUUGAUAAUUCCCAAAGUAAAACUAGAAGCUGUAACCUCCACAGUUCUCCGGCCAUUGCAGGUAUACUGGUUACUUGUUCUUCUAUUCUGUUGAUUCCUUGAGUGUUAUAGAAACCCUACAAAUUCAAAGCAGGAAUCCAUUUUGUCCAUAACCUCUUUUUCAAUGGCAACUAGACAGUUUAUUCAGCAAGCAGACUAGCUGGCCAAGAGACCACCACCUUUUAUUUGGUCCAAGAAGCAAGAGCUUCGAAAUAAACUUCCUCUCAAUUGAAAGGUUUUAUUUAAUUACGAAUGCCAAUAAUCUCUGCUGGUUUGGACAAAUCUUGUGUUGAACUGAUUCUGUCUAUUCAGCUGAAUGGAGAAAGUGGGACAUAAGCUCCAAUAGAGCUAAUGGGAGUCCUAUUCUCCCUCACUUCAUGGAAUGAGAAAAGUAGAAUGUGUGAUUUUCAAAAAGGUCCCUUCCUGGUAAUUCCCAUACAUGUACUUUUUAGUGAAUAUCUGAAUGUUCCAACCACCACCCUUAAAUCUUCUGCGUUAUGAAGAUACGUGCCUGGAUAUGCAAAUUCUCUUGGGAGGUGGCCAUAGACAUGCAUAGGGAUAAAUCCAAAGAAAGUAAACUAAGUUUAGGAGACUCAGCAGAACAUAUGCAGAAACAUACUUGCUUUCAUUAUUACGGUUUAGCUUCUCUACCACCACCACCUACAUACUAUGAUGUUUUAGAACACACACAAUUGAUGAAAAACAGACUUGCCCCCUUGGAAAAAGAGCAACUGAUGCAGUAAAUUUUGCACUGGGUCAGCUUUUCCUAAGAUGAUGAUAGCAGAAUAGAACCUAAAACCCUCUGAUUCUUAACUACUCGGUCUAUUCCAUACACACAAAAGUUUGAUUCUGUACUAAGGAACUGAAAAUUUUGCAUAACUCUGCAUCUAAAAGAUUCAACAAAUUGUCAAAGGUUUUCCAUGCCAAAACAAGGGAAGUUAAGGAACGGUAUGUAUGUAAGUAGUCAUAAUACAGAUAGGAGGAGCCUGCUCUGUUAGAAGUCCUGUAUGACUUCAGAGUUUUCAAUAAUACUAUUAAUGCUUAUGUAACCAAGAAAGGGGGUGAAUUUUUUGGGUGUGUAACUUAAAAAUAAAGCCAAGGGAGAAGUGGAGGCUCCUUGGGAUUACAUAAGCAACUCAGUAUGUGUAAAGAAUUUACUGAAACCUGGCUUUGCAUAGCACAAAUAUUUGAUUACUUCACAUAGAUGAAUUGCAAAACACUUAGCAAUUCAAGAAGUACAUAAAACAUUAACCAGUAGGUAAGUGGUCUGGUUGUGGCCCUUUGUUCUGAAAAAAAAAACAAAAAAUGUUAAAUGUGCCUGGAAACAAAUGUUUCUAGUAUUGCUGAAUUCAAAGGGCAAUGGACUGGCCAGGAAUAUUGGCUGUUUGAGUCAUUACAGUAAUGUGUAUAUUAUUUUAUGUUGAUUGCUAUACAAUGUAACAGUUGUACUAAAAUUGUAAUUGGCUAUUUACCUGAUGUCAUUAAAAUGGAUUUACAUUGGGAAAUACAGUUGCUCCAUAAAUAGCUAAGAAUUGGCUAGUUUUCUGUUCAUGUGUUGGCCAAUUAAAAUUGGUCAAAAAUUUAGAAUGUUUCAUUUUUGUUUUUAAAAAGCAAAAUUUUACUUACUGUGUAGCUAUAUGACUGAUUCCUAUCUUUCUGAUGGGUGGGGAAGAAAGAGGCCUUGUUUCAUAGUGACACACACUAUCCCUUCCCCUCCAUAUGAGAAGUGCUGUUCUCGUCUCCAGUGGUCUUGGAGUGUGUCCAUUUCUUUAUACCUCUCACAUCUAUUGAGGCAAAUAAACUGGCAGUGUGCACCACUUUAGGAUAGCAGGAUUAUACAAAAUACCUGAAAUGCUGAGUGUAAACAAUAAACAAGCUAGUGAACUUUG